AAGUGUCCCUGUGUGACAGGACAGAAAGCCACAAGGCUGAGGCGGAGAGCCAAUGAAACGCCGGCACUUUCUAAAGUUAAAAAGGAGGGAAUUAGAGAGAGAGCAAGAAACAGAGAGAGAGAGACAGAGAGAGAGGGAGGGAGAGAGAGCAAGGGAGAUGGGGAGGCCCGUGUGACCUCAUGUGACAUGUGACGGCAGAGAGCUCCGACCCAACCAACAGGACCUGGGAGUCGCCUCGUCGAUGUGUGAGGGAGGCCGCGUCCGCCACCAAGAGCCACCUGAAGCUAAACCCAGCCGAGCCUGCAGGGACCCCUCCGGCCCCGACGAGCACUGCCAACUGCCAGAGCCACACACCAGCACCAGCACGGACCCUGGCACAAACGCCGGCACGAACAGCAACGCGGACCCUGGCAAAGACGUCGGCACGGACAGCAGCCCAGGCUGUGCUACCAGCCAGAAUGGCAUCUAACAGCAUUUUUGACUCCUUCUCCAACUACUCCAGCAGCUUCUUGAGAGACCCAACAACUACCAGACGGUUCACACCGCCUUCGACGUCGUUCCCCUGCAGCAAGAUCGGAGACGGCACCGGGCCCAUGGGCACUCCGGGACCGGUGAGAGCUCGUAACGAAGCCCGUACUGUGGUGGACGUGCUGGCGGACCACGCAGGCGAGCUGGUUCGCACGGACAGCCCGAACUUUCUCUGCUCCGUGCUGCCGUCGCAUUGGCGGUGUAACAAAACGCUGCCUGUGGCAUUCAAGGUGGUGGCGCUCGGCGAUGUUCCUGACGGGACGCUGGUCACGGUGAUGGCCGGUAAUGAUGAGAACUACUCGGCGGAGUUGAGGAACGCCUCCGCCGUCAUGAAGAACCAGGUCGCCAGAUUCAACGACCUGCGGUUCGUGGGAAGGAGCGGGCGAGGAAAGAGCUUCACCCUGACGAUCACAGUAUUCACCAGUCCACCGCAAGUGGCCACUUACCAUCGCGCCAUCAAGGUGACCGUGGAUGGACCUAGAGAGCCCAGGCGACACAGGGUGAAGCUGGAGGACUCCCAGAAGUUCUCGGAGCGUCUCACUGAAUUGGAGCGCUUCCAGAGGGCAGGCCUGAGGAUGGGGGCCGGGAACGGCAAUCCCCGCCCCAGCCACCAGGGGCACUUCAGCCAGAGUGCUUCGUCGCAGCUGCAAGCUCUGUGGCCCGAACAGAUCGACACCCAGAAUUUACCCAUCAAAACGUGCAAGGUGGAGGAUGACCUGAGGUGGUCAGGCCCCACGGACCUGUUUCCCCAGCGGACCUCCUUCCCAUCGCUGUCCCCCCUGACAGAUCCCCGCUUCUCUGACCCGCGGAUGCACUACCCUGGCGCCUUCUCCUACUCAGCCAGCCCGUCUGCUUCGGGCAUCGGGGGCAUCGGCAUGUCAGCCAUGUCGGCGUCCUCACGCUACCAUACCUACCUGCCACCGCCGUACCCAGGCAACCAGAACCAGAGCGGACACUUCCAGGCCAACUCGUCCCCUUAUCACCUGUACUAUGGCACCGGAUCCGGCUCCUACCAGUUUUCCAUGGUGGCGGCAGGGGGGGACCGCUCCCCCAGCCGCAUGCUGUCCUCCUGCACUGGUGCUGCCAGCACAGCCUCCGCGGGCAGCAACAACCUGAUGAACCCGGUGCUGAGCAGCCAGAGCGACGGCGUGGAGGCCGACGGCAGCCACAGCAACUCGCCCACCAGCAUCUCCACCCCCGGGAGGAUGGAUGAGUCCGUCUGGAGGCCAUACUGAGCUGCACCCCCCAUCAGACGUCAGGGAGAGGCGCGGACCAUCUACAACCAAAGAAAACAGCCGCGGAAACCUCACCAAAGACGUCCAUGUUGAGAGUCUAGUGGUGCAUGUUUGUCCCUCCCCCACCUUCCUGGAGAUUUCCCUGCCUGAGCUUGUGGAAGAUUCAGCAGGAAUCAGUCUUUGUAGCCUUAAAAACCUUAGAUGUUGUGUGUCCUAUUCUAGCUUUAAGUACAUUCAGCGCCGAGGCUGAGAAUGCGCCUUCAUGCACCGUGGACCUUAAAGGCCGAGCCCCAGGGAAUCAGUGGUGCCAGGUGCAGGGCCCGGGGCCCCCAGAGCCCGGAUUGUGCAGCAUACGGCCAUGUUGUUUUUAAGCCCUUCAAACGGGGCACUGAAUGCGUCUCCAAAAGGGCAUUUUCUUAGUUUAAACGGGUUAAAUAAGCAUUUAAAACAUCAAAACCAAAGAGGUAGUGCUGUUUUUGAGAAAGCAUGAACUACAAGCAGCGACGACCCUAAUGAGCCAUCUUCCAAAGCGCCUUUCUUACCGCUAAUAAUUCUGCUUGGUUUUCGCCCCUCCAGCCUGCAUGGACACCUUUCCCUCCUCCUUACGCCCCUGAACCGCAGUCCGGAUGCCGGCUGCACAUCCGCUCACAUCCUUUAAGGGCUUUUCAGUGUAAGACUACAGUCUGAGCUGCCCUAAUGUAAUUAUAAGCGGACUGAGGCCUUUUUGAACAUUUGAUUUCCUUUGUGGCUUCUAUGCACUGACCUUCUGUAAAGGAAUCGGGAAAUUCUGGCAAUCGGCAGCCUAAUGGAGACUGUAAACGAUGAUCACAGCCACAAAAAGAGUCACGGCCCGUAUUUUAGCCUUUCUUUGCUAUUAACUUUAUUCUCCCUUGCUUCACUAAAUCAGUUGUUCAGGGGUCCGUUUGACCCGCGUGGGCCACAGGGGGCCACAGGGGGCACCAAGUGCGCCGGCAGCGAACUGCGAGGGCGUCGGCUUUCACGUAUGUCGUUAUGGUGUUCCUGACCGAGCGCCUGGCCGCAGAGGGGACAGCGGCGCCCCCCGGAGGUCCUUAUGGCACCAUGGCAUGCUGGGAAGCUGAGGGAGAGGUCGGGGCACAUGGGGAUCACUCAGGAGGAGCUGUCAGCGAGGAGUUAGAGUUACAGUAAGCGGCGGGACCUCGGGGAAGAGGCUUUGUCUCCUGGAGCCCUUUGAUCCUGGAGCCCCCCAGGGAAGGUGGGGCUCAUACUCUCUGCCUUUAUCUACGAGGGGAGCGGCUGCAGCCUCCUCACCAAGCCGCUGUCCCAGGGAGCGAUGAGGUGCCGCCACGCUUUGGAGUUGGGUUUCGUCCAUAAAACUGCAGUCUUAUUUUCAGCUUGCCUUGGGGGGUGGGGCUAUUGCACAAAUUUGUCAGUGCAUUUGCGAUGACUAAAGCGACCAAAGCUGGCGUUUGUAGCACAAAUGAAGGUUGCUGGGGUGGGGGGUGGGGGGGGGGUGGUUUCUUACCUGUGAUUCUGAGGACCUGUGGGCAAGGUGGUGCAUGCUGGGUAAGCGGACAGGGUGGGGCGGGGGGAGGGGGGAUAGGAGGCAGCUGACCGAACUCACCGGAUCACAGUCUGAACACUUUUUGGUGAUAGUACCUCAGGAAUAAUAUCGGCACCCAAAGGGGGCGGGACGGGGGCGAGGACCUGCUCCAGGUCAGCUCAGGACCUUGGGGGGCAGCUAGCUGGGCCGCAGCGUUAAGGUGGAUGGGGAGGUGCUCAUGGCCAUGGCGUUAAGGCAGAUUCGAAGCUGCUCAUGACACAUUAAGGUGGACACAGAGGUUGUCACAGCGUCCUCAGAUACACCCUGCGAGGCAUCACACAGCAGCUGUGUGUCACUUUGGGUUAAAGUGCCUAGUGGACUAGAGACAGGGCAGGGGGACAGCCCCCCCCCCCCCCCCAACCUGUCCGUCUACGUGGAAACAGAGACACAACCUCUCAUACAGCUGUGAGGAAACCAAAGAGAGUGAGGUGGCCACACACACACACAGGUACAGACACACACAGACACCGAGGGCAUAACUUUGGGUUGAACAUUGGGGGGGAGGGAGGGGGCUGUAUUGGCCGGUUUUAAUUAUUGGGGGAGGUUUACCACCUCCCCAGCCCCCUGUAAUUUACACCCAUGACAGACACAGAUACAUAGAUACACACACAUGGACACAGACAGACACACUGCUGCGUGUAAUAUAGCAAUACCCAUAUGGUUUUUAUAUGCAAAAUUGUUUUAUUUUUACAUUUUGUUUCGUUUUAUCAAGCUUUGAGGUGAGAUCCAUACAGCCUGUUAAUGAUGAACUGGGGGGGAGGGGGGGCAGGAAAUGGCUGACAGCUAUAUGAGCGUGAGCACGGGGCCCACAGCGUGGGGUGUUAAGCCUGCUUCCGCUGACAGGGGGCGCCCUCACUCACUCUCCUCUCUGCAUCCUUGUUUUUCCUGUUUCCUUCUUACGCUCCGAGCAUGUAUGUGAAAAUCACGUAUGUUAAUUUAAAGAAAGAUCAGUCUAUAUUGCAGUUUUAUUGGUGAAAUAUCACUCAAAAUGUCUGUAUUAAGUGCUUGAAAUACUGAAAUUUAUGUGCGAAUGAUGUAGUUUUCAAAGCAUUUUAAUAAAAAAAAAAAAUCAGGUUUGA